UAUGCGUAUCUGGUGAGCGAGAUUUCAAGUGAGUUGAAGCGCAUUCCACUGGCAAAUCAACGCCGCAUCAACGCGAUUCUGAAACGAUUUGAACCGCUACGACAAAAUUUAGUGUUGUUUCAAAACGAGAACAGUAGAAAUGGCAAAGGGUCAGCAAUCGGAUUGGAAAUGGCGCAGGAAAGAGAUGAAACCACGAUUAACGAGGAAGAAUCGAGUUCAUCCGAGCGGAGAAAAGGCAUCGAGUUUGAUCAGAGAGAGACAAAUGCAGCAUUUCGAGGAGUGGUUGGACGUAACUUAUCGGCGUGUGAUCGGUAUAUGAGAUGUCAUCAUCAGAUGGUGAUUGGGUUAGAUCGAUGUGGCGUAUUGUCGAACUUGAAUUCGACGUCGUUAUCGACAGAGUCGUUAUUAGAAGUUGAGGAUAAUGAAUGUCUGAGCAAGAGGCAUGAUGAGGCAUACAACCAUCUAUAUGAAUUGGUCAUGAAAAGGAACAAAAAACUUCGACAGUGUCUUGGCGACGAGCAAAAUUGGGAGUGUCUUCGAAGAGAAUCAAUUCAGAAAAUAGUGGUUGAUGAAAUAAAAUUCGAUGGCAUUAAAUCGAUUAGAGAAUGCUACUCAAAUGUGAAUGUGUUGCAAUGUCGUGAACAGACGGCAGAUGCAGAAGUGGAGAGUCAAAUCAUCAGUUUGACAGCGGCUCUUUCGGCGGAGAAGUAUAGAUGUGUGUUGAAGAAGAAGGGACGAAUUUGA